AUUUUCCUAUGAAAAUGAGUUAAUGACUUUUAUUGUAUAAAAGUGUGUAUGCUACUGAUAAAUAGGCAUGACAUUACCUCUUCAAAAUUAUCACUAUAGAAGUGUGUAUGCUACUGCCUUACAUUUCUAAAGUUUGUCUUCACUUUCAAGAUGGUUGCAGAGAAAUUUGUUGUUGAUUUGAAUAAGCCCCUUGUUUUCCAAGUUGGUUAUCUUGGUGAAGCUUAUGAAGAAUGGGUUCACCAACCUAUUAUGAGCAAGGAAAGCCCUCGUUUCUUUCAUAGCAGUUUCUUGGAGUUUUUCACACGCACUGUUUGGUGGGUGGUUCCAAUUGUUUGGGUACCAGUUGCAUCUUAUUUCAUAUAUAACUCUUUCAGAUUGGGACUCCCUAUUCCUCAAAUCACUCUUUUCGUGCUACUUGGCAUUUUUGUAUGGACAUUGGUCGAAUACUUGUUGCACCGUUUCCUUUUCCAUGUUCAAACUAAGAGCUAUUGGGGUAAUACUUUUCAUUUUCUUUUCCAUGGUUGCCACCAUAAGCACCCAAUGGAUAGCUUAAGACUUGUUUUACCACCAACUGCAGCCGUUUUAUUUGCCUCUCCGUUCUGGCCCAUAGUGAAGCAUGUAUGCCCUCCUUCAAUCGCUCCUGCUUUGUAUGGAGGCAUGUUGUUGGGCUAUAUGAUCUAUGAUUGUACCCAUUACUACUUACAUCAUGGCCAACCUAAGAGUCAUGUACCCCGAAAUCUCAAGAUGUAUCACUUGAGUCAUCACUAUCGGGUCGCCAGCCUUGGUUUUGGCGUCACUUCACCACUCUGGGACAAGGUUUUUGGAACGGUUCCUUCACCAUUUAAGAUAAAUGCCAAACGUUGAUAAGUAACUUUUUAGGUUGCAUUUAUAGUUGGUUAAGUAUAGUAAAUUGAGGUGUUUAGACCAAAGAAGUUAAGAAUAAGGAGGGUAAUGGAAUCAUUGUUAUUAAAAUACCUUAAAGAAUCCAAAUAUCCUACAAUUUUGUAAUUAUGCUCUACCUUACC